GCCACCAACACACCUGCAAACAUGAUGAAUGUCUCAAAUAUUUUGAAGAUCCAGAAAGUAGUAAAAUGGCAUAUACAAUUCUUACGACUCCUCACAGCUAUAAUAUUUCAAAUAUCUUAAACGAUUCAAGUAAUGAAUUAGUUGAGAAAUCAGUAACUCCCAAGUCUCCUCCUUAUUAUAAACAACCACGAUUUAUAACUAAUAAUGAAUACAUGGAUAUAGUUUGGUCUCCAUGGCAUUUUGAUAAAAUUAUUAGUGAAAUAGAUAUCGAAAAAAAAUAA